AUGGACAGUCGAAAGUACCAACCAGACGUACGAUGUGAUGAGCUCAGGACAAGCAAUGAGGAGACAAACAAAAUGAGCCCCUCCAAUGUUGAGAAGGACUAUGUGGGAAGUAGCGUGAAAAUUAAUUUUACGUCUAACCUUGACUUGAAGGACAAAGAACAGGAGGUGAACCCAUGGGGGGAGAAAAGGAGGACCCAUUGUAAGCUGACUGAAGACACAAGAAGCGCACACGACAGAGGAGCGUCCGAAAUCAAGAACCAGUUUGACAAGAGUAUGAGCCUCACACAAGUUAACCUUCCUGGAAGCGAGCAGGAGAUUCUAUUGUCCAGUCAAAAGGAUUUACAUGAUAAAGAAAAGGAAAAGGCAAAAGGAGAGGCAAAAGGAAAGGAAACAGAAGAGAAAAACGAAAAAGACAGCUCCCAAAUGAACCAAAUGAGCCACAUACAUGUGACUUGUGCAGGUGGCUACAUAAACGCGCCGAGUCCACAACAGCAGAGUAGAGGUGAUAGCAAACGCAUAGAUCUGCCCCCUCUGGAGAAAUUCGAAGAGAAAAGGAACCCCGACGACGGAAGUACAUCUCGUGGAAGCAUUAACAUGAAUAGCAGCAGUGACCAAAGGAGAAGCACUUUGGAGGGUGCACACAUUUCGGCGAAACGAGAGCAAUAUGUGAAUAAAGUUUCUACUAAUUUGGGGACGUGGUGUAAUAGGGACGUAUGUGGAAAUGACGAAAUUUUCUGCACCAGAGGAGUGACUAAAGAGGGAGCCCACCUCAGGGAAGCAAUUAGAGUCCCGAGUAUAGGUGCUCAUGAGAACGCGGAUGAGGAAGCACAGAAGGAGUGUACCGUGGUGAGGGCACAACAGGUGUCCAGAUGGGGAAGUGCAGAAAACAAGGAGAAGGGUUAUCAUGAUGAGAAGAGCGUGUGUGACAUGGUGCAGGGGGGAAGUAGCUUUCCCCAUAGCAACGUAGAGCAGCAGGAGCAAAGGAAUACGAAUCUCAUAAUACAGCCAGGUUUGAAUGAAGUAAAGAGGAAUAAUUGCAUGAACAGAUCAGGUAGUUACAUGGAGAAUGGCGAGAAACAUGAUAUAUAUGAACAGAGUUAUGUGAGGAGCUCCAAUUUCCAGAUGAACCUCGUUAGUGAAGGUCACCUGGAUCGGGAAGACAGACGAGGGAAUGUCUUCCCUGGAGAUGACUCCGACUGGGUAAGCAUACUCAGCACGAGGGAGAUCCCCUCGAAUGGAGAAGACCGUCCUCGGAGUAGCUCCCCUCUCGUCAAGGACAUUGCCCAUUUGAGAGAAAACCUACAUGGGGAAGAAAAGACAAGAAAGAUAAAUUCUGAGGAGGAUAAAACUGUGGAUGCAAUUUUCUACGAGAGGUAUAUCCCUCCCGUGAGCAGCACAUGUACACGUGAAACUAUCGACAAUACAGUGGAGACAAACAUAAGUGUUGUAGAGAAGGAGCGAUUACCAGAACAGAUGAGGGUAGAUGGAGCAACUAGGAAGUAUAACCCUAGAAGGGACCUUUCCGCACAGCGCAGUGAAGAUAAUCUACAUACGAUUCAUAGCCUUUUGUCUCUGGAUUCUCUCCAUGGUGGAAACCAAGACGAAGAUAAUGGGGGGAAGUCUCCACAAGUGGGAUGCAAAAAUAUGUUUGUCUCAAUCGGUGCGGAGGUGACGGAGAAAUGGACCGCAAAAGCACCAAAUGGGGGAACUCCCAAAUUAAGUGAACAAGUCGGACAUAUGGAUAACCAAUUGGAAAUAUCGAAUGGAGAAAUUAAAGAAGGUGGAAAAGAUAUCUUGGAAGGGUACCCCUCGGGGGAGGGGCACAGAACAAAUGUAGGUGAAUCAGAUUUAUCGAAAGGUCCAAACGGAGCAGCCAGUCACGAAAGGGUUAGUUGCUGCCCAUAUGAUGUGGCGAUAGGGAUGAUUUCAUCUAGAAAGAUUGAGGCAUCUCCAGUGGGAGGAAAAGAUGAAUCAGAUCGUUACAGAGGUAUAGAAAAUGAAAGGGAUGCCCAUUUGGAAGAUGGGAAUGAAGAGCGUUUUUCAUGCGCAAAAGGGGGAGUAGUGGGAUUGUAUGGGGGUCCAUCAAGUGCACCUCUAUUAAAGGAAAGCUCACAAGAGGGGACACCCCAAAUGGGCAGCGCCAUACGCAUCCGUGAAUUAGUCGAAGAAACAGCACAUAAAGGGGUGACAGAAACAUCUCCUGAGGAAGAAGGAAAAAAAAAAAACAGAUCACCUGAAAUGUGCAAAGGAAGUGUAGAUCUGUCCAACAAGUUAGAUGACGAGUCAAGGGGCAAACUUUUCAGCCCAUCCGGGGGAAGCCAAAAUGGGUUCACUUCAGAAGAUGUAUUAAGAAAAGGUAAGUACAGCACGGACAAUCAGUUCGUAGGCGUAGUUCCUAGAACGUUGGUAAGUCUAGGAUACACACCCGAUGAGCAUGGGGUAGCCUUGAGGACGAGUAGAACCCGUUUCGGCGAACGAAAAGGGAUUCACAUGGUAGAUGCCAAAUGGUCCCAAGGGGAUACAUGUAUUAUGGAUAAUUAUCAUAGGAGUGGAAAUAUUCCUAUGGGUAGAUAUCCAGAUGGCCACGAGCAAAUUGUGGCCCACAGGAAUGAUGACCACAGGAAUGAUCAGUACAGGGAUGGUGACUACAGAAGGGAUAAUUACACGAAUGGUGACUACAGGAAGGAUAACUACAGCUCAUUUGAGAAGGAGAUGAAUGACGCUCUGCUAUAUUUUCACAAGGACGGAGUAGAUAUGUGCAAAGAUAACUUGACACAUUUCAGCGAUUGUAAAAAAAAGAAGAAGCGAACUGGCAUUCCACUAAACGAGAGAAAGUACUACAGAAUGCUAGCUAAACAGAUGAUAAAAAUCCAGGGCCUAACUUUCGACCAUAACCAGAUCAGGUGGAUUGCCUAUUGGAAGAACGAAAACAACAAGCAGAUUCAGAAGCACUUCCCCGUGUGCAAGUACGGGUUCUACAAGGCGCGUCAUCUGGCACUGGAGUUUAGGAACUCGAAAUUCGCCCCCGGCAGUCAGACAGUGGGUGAUGGAGCGGUGGUUAUUCAGGGGUUCACCAUCAGUGAAGUAGACAAACCAGGAGUGAACCCCCUUGGAGUAGAAGAAGCUGAGGCGAUAAACUACCGAGUGAAUCCCCCCGCCGGAAACAACCGUGGAGUAUAUCCCCCACAGAGCAGCAAGAAGAGCAGCCACAAAAAGGAUGUCGCGACGCCCAAAAGUGCGCAACCCCCGCGGAAGGGCAGCCAGACAACAGAAACGCACACCAAAAAUAAGAGAAAAGACGCGAAGGUGGGGAUCCAUAACCCCCGUAAGAGGAGCCGCAUAAGCAGCAGACGUGCCCAUCUGAGCGUAGAAAGAGGAGAAUCUUUAGCGAAUCCGAGUCACGCAGAGGGGACAAUGAAACAGGAAAAUCAACCCAAAAAUGUGGACGCAAAAUCGAAUCUAAUAUUCGUGAAUAAAAGGAUAAAUACAUGUAAAGAAAGUGUAUAUGAAGAAAAUAGUCUCAAUGGAAGAUCAGCGGUAGGAAGCUUUUACGGAGGAGGCUAUGCAGGGAUUACAAGACAUGAUUUAAAAAAUGUGCAAAAGGUUUUAGACUGUCAGAACGGAGACAAAUUGAGCAGCAUUCAAAAUUCGCCCCAUUCGACCAUCUCGCAAGGGUUCACUGCGUUCAUGGGGAACCGGGUGGUCGGCGAUUUGAACGGUUUGAGUCAUUUGAGCGGUCUCAGCGGUAUGCGCGGUUUGGGCGGCUGCAUAGAGGGCAGUGGACACAUCUAUGAUCAGGGAAACUACACGACUACUGAUGGGCAGCCCCCAAAUCGACAGGAAUACGCAAGGGGGUCGUGCGGUUCAGUCAACUUCUACGACCAGAAUGGAAUCAUAAUCACAGGACCACACAACGACGCAUGGGACGGCGAACAUGGGCGAAGGAACAACUACAGUUACAUGAUGAAUAACUUCGAAGCGAUGCAAAGUGGACACAGUAUGGCCAUGUCAGCGUUUCGAAGUGGACUGCCGAGUGAGGUAGCCUAUCUGAAUCACGGGAUUAGUGGCGAGGUUUUAUCGAAGGGACAAUUUACAGAUACGUAUAGAAAUGUGGCGUACCAGAACCAGUUAAGCCCAUUGAACCAGUUGAACCAACUAAGCCUGUCCAACCAGGUGAACCCGUUUUUUGGGGCCAACUAUCGGAGAAACUUACAGACAGUCACAGAUGCAGGAAUUCCCACUAAAUGUGGGGGACAUACACAAACCGGCAACUAUAUCGAUGGUUGCAAUUUUAACAAUGCGGAUAUGAAAAAAGAGGGGGGAGAAACAUACUCUCCCCGUUUUAUAGGUGUACAGUCUGGGUCGCCUCAGCACAUGCGAAAUGAUACUUACCAGUACAGUAUGAAUGAGGGGAGGACACAAAAUAUGGGCCCCCACUUUAACAGUACAAAUAAAGUUGUGCAUAGUCCAUGGAACAGUCCAUACGAGGAAAAGAAUGGAGCGAAGCCUAGUGAUAAUUUGACAAGUGGCGUAAAGAAUGGCAUGGAAGGUAAGAAAGUUAGAAGUAGUGCCAUUUCCAGCGGUAGCUGCGGUGGUGGCAUGGAGAGCCAGGGAAUCGUUAAGUUACCCCGUCCUGUCCCAGAAGGGGACAACCUAACCCAGAAUAAACAAAAGGAGGACCUGAGCCUGAACAAUCAAAAGGAAAGGCUGAAACUGGGCCUGAACAAUCAAAAGGAGAAGCUGAACCUCAGCCUGAACCUGAAUAUCCAUAGUAGGGUAAGUGGCGAAAGGAACGAGCGUGAGACGUGGAACCUAACUAGGGCUUCCACAGCGACGCACAUUUCGGAGCACUUGAGUGAAUUGAUCAAUGUAAACAGAAGUGUGCCUUAUGAGGGCAGUCAGGGAAGGAGUCUCCUCAGUGAAGGCAGCCCUUCGGGCAAAGUGGUAGGGCUGAGGAACACGGGUGAGGAGACCACACAAGAGAAAGAAAACGUUUUGAGGGACAACGCCGAGGCGUUUGGAAGGCGCAUAAAUUCACCCGAACAAUGGAUAAGCAUUCAACCCAUGGAAAAAACAAACAAGACAAUAAAAAACGCAUCUGUUGAGAGUGGAGAAGGGGGAAAGAUGGCAUAUGGACGCUUUUUGAGGGGGGUAACUUCUGCAUAUCUAGUGAACGCCACCGCCAGGAACCAGGAAGGGAAGACGGCAGAGGGAAACGUGAGUGGACAGAGUAAAAGGAAAAAGAACAAUUGCGCAAAGAGGAGCAACAUAAAGGGGGGCAAAAGUUGUAAUGACUCGCACACCCGCGGCGACAGUAUAUCUGUACUGUCGGGAAGCCAUAUCGUUAGUCGGAGCUGCCAGUGGUAUGGGGAACAAGAGCGUGAGGAGAUGAAUCCAAUCGAUAGGAGCGAACAGAACCAGGGGAAAAUCUCUAACGGGAGUGCAGCCUCAAAGGAGGUGUCCAAAACGAAGAGUCGUAGAAAAAGUGCCAAAAGGAAAAAAGAAAAAAACGAAUUAGAUAUUGCAGGCACAAGCGGAAAGCAGAAAAGAAGCGAGUGCAGCGAAAUAAGUGACGCCAAAAAUAAAGGGAGUGAAGAAGUCAGUUCUGAGAUAAGCAACCCCAAUAAAUGGACCCACAGUAUGAGCUUGAUCCGGAAAAAUGCUAACCUAAGUGAGGAACCAAAGAAGGCAGCAAUGUAUGAGGAAAACAACUGCACAGGUGAGAAACAGUUAGAUCCGUGUAGCCAGUUGAAUCAGCUCACCGUAAAUACUCCUUUCUGUGUUUCCAUUGGAGAAUCCAGUGUACCACGGUGUGUCUUUAACCCCAAUGCUGCGAAGUAUGGCGAACAUGGAAGCGAGAAAGGGUCAAACGAGUUAGCAAAAAAAGAGACAGCACAAGUCGAAGAGGGACAAGAAGAAAUGUACAAACACAAACUGACUCAGUUCGAAAAAAAUAGUUGUAACGAUCACGAUGAAGAUGAGUACUACUACAAUGAAAUAAUGAAAAUGCCAAAGAUUAAAGGGGUCCAUUUUGAUAUAAGACAGAAGAGGUGGUGUGCCUAUGGGCAUAAAAAGAAAGAAUGCUUUUCUGUGUACCGUUAUGGGUUCUUAAUUGCGAGAGAGCUAGCUGUGAAAAGUCGAUUAAAGGUACAGAAAAGGAAGAACCACCUCAAAUUAAAAAAAAAUAAAAAUUUCAUGAACAGCGAAAAUGGCUGCAGCGAAGAUGUCUGCGGCAAAAAUGUCUGCAGCAAAAAUGUCUGCGGCAAAAAUGGGGUGUCUCCAGUGAAGAAACAAAACACCGUGGGGGACAAGAAAACACACAGUAGUGAGAAAUGCGAAGUUUCACAUCUGCCAUAUGAUGGCUUAGAUAGGAAUAACAACACGGUGGGAUUGAAUGAUUAUACUAGUCCCCCUUCCUCGAUUGGCUCAGCGGAAUGCACCCCUACCUCUCAGUUUAACGACCAAAAGGGGGAUCCCAUGGGAAUCAGCACACCAACAGGUGAGUCCAAAUCGCAUGAAGAUGAUAAACAGAACGAGGUCAUGAAUGAGAGGAGUGAGCAUUGGGACGGGACUGAGAUGAAGGCAAAUUUGUUUGCAAUAAUGCCGGCACAUUCGCACGAGAUGGAGUCGUUAAAGGGACCCAGUGUUAGCGGCAGCAAGCUUCUCUCCUACAGCGGGAGGGGUGCAAGUGGUGCAAAUAGUCCCAGUGCUGCGAGUGGCACUUAUAGAGAUAAACCUUACGAGGGGCAUUACGCUAGCCCAGACUGGUAUGCAAACCGCAGUUACACGGGAGUUCCGAGCCAAGUGGAGAGCCCUACCAGGAGAUUCCAAACGGAGGAGGUUGGCAGCAGAAGCGGAAGCGGUACGAACGAUAUUGUCCCGCCUCACAACAUGGUGCACCAUUCUGAGAAGGAGAGAAAUUGUAGUUACCCAGGAAAGAUGAAUCGAAUUAGUAACAUAGAUCGGGCGCAAGAACCAUUCCAAUUUUAUGGCCCCAAUGAUCAAAUUUGCCUGAAUGGUCAAGUCAAAAAUGAGAAUUUUUAUGGCGCAUAUAACACGAACGGGGAGACGAAUGAGAUGAUUCAGUCCAAUGCGGAAAGGGGAAUAAACAAUUUUGUUAAUAUGAGGAACGUCGAAAGGUGUGUCUUGAGAGGACCCAACGUCGAAUGCCAGUGGUAUAACGGGGAUGUGAGCUCAUACAAUGUGGCAAGGGGAAAUGUGGACAUGCAUAACACGGGUACUGUUCCGAUUGCGACAAUUCCGAUAGGAUGCGUUCCUGUUAGGCCCCUCUCAACUUCGGCAAAUGGAGCCAUAAAGAGUAAUGCCAUCAAUGACGAGGAGCGCAACAGGUCUCACAGGAUUGCUCUGCUGAACGAUGGACAUUUUGCCAACAGUAGAGAACAGGUUAUGGAAAAUGAGGCCAUAAGUACACAAGGGGACUUCCCCCUCGGGGUGAGUGCCACUCUACCAGCUGAUGCAAACAAGACAUGCGCCCCAGAGAUGCAUCAGAGGAAGAGCGCAAAUAAUAAAGCCCAUAGAAAUGGAAUCACAGAUAGGACUAGAGAAUUUGUGCACAAUAGGGGAGAAGUCUCCAUUUUAGAACCCGUGGUGGAGAGCAAGCCGAACAAAAUGAGACUUAAAAAGGAUGUUGUACCAAAUGGCUACUGGAGUUUCAUUAACAAUUACGAGAAGGGUAUGACAGUGGGGAGUGAUCAAAGAGGGGGUACUAACGUAACCAAUAAUGCGAUGACUUCCGGGAACAGUGCCUCAAUUGUUAACGACGCCUCAGUUAUUAACAGGGGGGCGAUUCCCUUUUUCGAGGGGAAUGGGGGAAUCAUCGGUGGGGCUACCCCUGUAGGGGCAGAUGAAUUAGCAACGCCUUGCAGUCACCGUGGAAGAAGAAGCGGUGUAAGCAAUAGAGCUGCUAAUGGAGCAGCGAACCGUAUUGAUGGCACGGCGAACGUGGGGGGUCACUUCCUUGGGCUUAGUCUUUCUCCUCAACACACGACUCCUCAGAAAAUGCUCCCGCAAUUUCCCCACGCAAACAGUACACAGGGGCCGUGUCUACACAGCUGGGGCACACCUCCAGGGAAAAAUAUUCCCAGUGCAAACAUGUCCAAAAGGAACUCUACACAGAGCGGAUGUGACACCUCCUCGGGGAUGAACGCGAACCAGUGGGCAAACCAAAAAAACAGGGGAGGACAGAAGGAUACAGGAAGGGUAAUAAACAUGAGUGAGACCAAUUAUUUACAGAAUGAUUUGAACAGGGGGGUAGUACAAAGUUAUAGUGCAAUGAGAAGUGUCGAGCCAUUUGAGGCACAUAAUUUAAUGAGGAGCACCACCGGGAGAUGCAGGAAUGUGGAAAGAUAUUGCGCGGAGGGGAGGAUGACCUCAUGUUUGAUGGCGGAGGAAAAGAUAAAAUAUGGGGUCGGGAAGGAGCCGCAUCCUCAAUAUGACGGAAAAGUGGCACGCAUAGGAAGUGGCUAUUCAGAAUAUGAUAUGAAUCCCUCCGUUGAUGUGAAUGAAUCCUUUGCGCAAAUUGAAGAGAACAUGACACUUGCGCGCAGAGACUAUGGCAGACACGCAAUUGGAAGCCCAUUUGACGAACAGGGAAAGAACGAAACGGAUAAACAUUUGGAUGAAAAUGAGAAAAUUUUUUUACAUCAGAUUUUUCAGGACAACAGGAAUAUAGGCCAUAUCGAGGUGGACAUAAGAAAUAAAUCAGUAGAGAGCCACUUUCAGAGAAAUAAACGUUUGAACUUCGAGGAGGUCAACAUGUUUCAGGAGGAGGUUAGAGAACCGGUCGUGAGUGAGAACAGUGCAGGAUUGGCUGGAAACGAACAUAGAGACGAAAGAGAUUCUUCCAAAAAAUGGGUUCAGGUAAACGGGAAAACAGCCUACUAUAACAAGGCAGAUGUGAGAAAGACAGACAAAGAGGCAACAAACAAAGGUGUAAAAAUUAUGAAGCCAGAAAAAAGAAAGAAGAAAAGAAAAGAACACAUAAAACCGCAAUCGGUCGACCCUAUUUCUCAUUUGUUAGAUGUAGCACAUGUGAAGUGUGAAGCGAAACAGACUCGCAAUGAUAAGAAUAAAAGGAGCAAAAGUGGGUUCGCCAGUUUUAGAGAUUCUAAUGAGACAUGCGGGACAACGGAGGGGGGCACAGAAACAUGCCUCUUACCAGUGAGCACUUUGGAAAGAAACAAAGGAAUAAAGAAUGAGGUAGUUGAUACACAGGGUACUGCCUCAACUGGAUCCCCAAUAGGAGUCCAUAUUUUCAAAUGCCACACCAACAGGAACGACGCGGGGGGCAGGGGAAGCAACGUCACCGGGAAGUACAAAUUUGGGAAAGAGAUCAAUGCCCAAUUGAGUAAUUCACGGCAGUGUGAAAAACCGUGGGGAGCGUCCUUAACUGGGGUGGAAUUGAAGGGAAGAGGACCCCACAUACGGGCCAAAAUGACACCCAAGGUGAAUAUGAUGAUGUUAGAUCGAAAUACAACUGGUGAGGAAGAAGAGAAGUACAGUGAGCUUUAUCCGCGGAGGAGAAGUAAUUUCCCCCUCCUAGAAAACAAAACGAGUGAGAUAAUUUGCGAAGAGUAUGAUCCGUAUAGUGGGAUGGUGAUAACUACGCAGGGGGGAAGUUACAGGGAAAUCAGCCCACGUCAAGAAGAGAGAUGGGAUCCAUUCCUAUUGUUAGAAGGCACUGAUAAGGGUGGCCCAAGAAAAAUCAUUUGUGAUGAUCAUGGGAAGGUCGUGCCAAAUGGGGGGUUACCAUAUGUUGAUUGUCUCUUCACGUUUAGCAAGACGAAUGGGGCGUCCCCCCAAAGUUGCAUAAAAUUCGAAGAAUUGAAGAACCAUCAAAUCAGCCGAGGGGAAGAAUCCCAAACGGUGAGUCUAUUUGGAAAUCGGUAUGGAAGAGAACAAAGUGGGCACCACACCAAAAAAACUGCAAAUGGAUUAGUUUUAAGAGAAGUGGAUGUUUCAAGUGCAAAUCUAUCGCAUCUUUCGGCCAACAGGAGGAACUACAGAGAAGUGAAUCGUUGGGACGUCGUGGAAGGUGUACUACGAGACGGAAAAAUUAAUGGUGGCUUUCCCAGGGCAACACCUAAUUGCCAUUUAGGUGGGGCCGCUGCGGAAAACGCCAGCACCGAAGAUGUAAAUCGCUUUGAGGCGGACAGGAUGAUGGCGGCAGCGGAGGUGUUUCUGAAUGGGGACUACUUCGACGUGUGCGGCGAUGUAUCGGUUGCAAAAAGAGACAAAGUGGAUGACCCAGUGGAUAACACAGUGGUAAGUGAACUGUCAGGGGGAGGCCACAGCGAAGGACGAAGUAGACACAGCCUCAAUCGGGAUCGCAAAAAAGGGACCAUUCUUAAGACUGUCCACAUACUGGAAGAGUACGGCGAGAGGUUUCCCCACAAAGGGUCAGAGGAAGGGGCAGUGCCAUAUGACAGCGCGGUGGAUGGAAAUAAAAGCGGAGUGGAUAGCUUACUUGACAGAUAUUGUUUAUCCAUUUUUGAGAGGAUGAAGAUUAGCGGACUUAUGCCUAUGCAUUGUGGGGACACGGAAAUAGAGGAGGUCCUUUCCGUGGAGCCCUACCGUGAGUAUGCCUGUUUGAGUUUACACGACCUGAACAUAAACCGAGCGAAGGAUGUCAACCAAACGAUACAUUUUAAGAAGCUCAUUUUGAAGUACCUCAUUAUGGAUUUAUUUCGUAACAUAAGUGUGGUAGAAUUUUCAAAAAUGACAAAUAAUCGGACCCAUUUUUUUGUGGACCCACAGAGAUGUGCAUCUAGUUACCCCCUCACAGAUGAAAUAGACAAAAAUAGGGAUCUUCUGCAAAGAGCUGAGAGGUACCAUUUAAAAUGUGUUAAUAAUAUUUAUGACAUGAAAUUUGUUCAGCUGUACUGGGAUGUUUUUGUGACUUGCUUGGUGAAGAACGUCACGGCGAGUGUUCUGCCCUUCGAGGAGCACUGCAUGGUUAUGCGGUCGCUGCUGCUGCUUUACCAAGAAAGCUGCGCGUCGGGGGGGUGA